GAAAUGUAAUCUCUCACUAAUCAACUCCGGUUAUUAAAUAAUCCGGUUUGAUAGUCCGCUCCGGUUAUCGGGUGGCGUGUAAAUUAAAAUCGGAAAAAAAGAAAAAAAAAUCCUGGUCACGCCGUUUGUGAGCUCUAUCACGCUUAUCGUCACCGAAGCUUUUGAAACCUUUGGCUACUCACACGCAAUCUUCUUCCUUCUGUGUUAUCAUCAUCAAUGGAGUCCGAAUCCGAUUCAAACCCUAGCACCACCACUGAAGAAGAAUCCGAUCGAUUCCUCGACGCGCCUGACGAGUUUUAUUACGAUUGCUUGCCGAUCCGUUCCAAUUCCCACCGUCAGCAUCAAUCGUCUCUUUUACGGCGGCGAAAGUCAGCACAUCGCCGGGAUUUAAUCUCCUCCGACAGCGAACCGGCGCCGUCUUCUUCUUCCGAAGUCGGUGGCAAUGUGGAAGAGAGGGAGGAGCUUCGUAACGACGUAAUCGAAUCAACCGAUGACCUGAUUGAUCAAUCUCCGGGAAAAAAGAACGACGUGGAUGUAAUUAAUGAUAAAGGGAACGAUAUGAAUGUAACUGAUCCGGUUCUAAACCGGGUUGACCCGUUUCACGAAGAAUCCACGGUGACAACCGUCAGCAGCGAUGAUGAUGAUGAUGACAACGACGGAUCAGCACCGCAGCUUCGUGAACCAUCCGAUUCAUCAGAGUGGUCUCUUCUUGGAUUUUUGGCUGGGCUAGUGAUCAAAGCAAUCGAGUUUCAAAUCAGUUUGAUGACAAGCUUACUCACAUUUCCUCCAUGGUUACUCCAUUACUGCUUUCUCAUCUUUCUCGAUCCCUUUAGCACAGUUAGGUUUGGCAGACGCUUUUUAAUGGCAAGAGUUGCAGUGAUUAGUGAUAUGUUAUUUGGGAAUAUGAAUCCAUUUAGGUUGAGUUGGUUAAAUGAUACUAAACGGAUGUUUAGUGUUGCGUACAAGUUUGGUUGGGGUAUGUUUUGGGCUGUUUAUGUAGGUAUUGUGCUUCUUGGCUUGUUGGUUUCGUCUCUUAUGGUUGGUGGUUAUAUGAUAAACCGUAUAGCGGAUGAACCAUUUGUUGUCAAGGAGACUUUGAAUUUCGAUUACACCAAGAAUAGUCCAGAAGCUUAUGUGCCAAUAACCUCGUGUGCUGGUGUUGAUUGUGUGGGAAGUUGCAAGGAGAGUAAUGAAAUGUCGAAGAUUAGAGGCUUGCGUGCUAUACCUCGACACCAGAAGUUAGAUAUUACUCUUUCAAUGACAUUACCUGAGUCUGCAUAUAAUAAAAAUCUCGGCAUGUUUCAGGUUCGGGUGGACUUCUUAUCUGCGGAUGGUCAAACGAUAUCUAGUAUAAGGCGUCCCUGCAUGUUAAGAUUCAGAAGUGAGCCUAUCCGUCUUGUGCAGACGUUUUUUAAAGUGGUUCCGUUAGUGACGGGAUAUGUCUCUGAGAUCCAGACCUUGAGCUUGAAGUUGAGAGGCUUUGUAGAAAAGGACAUUCCCACCGCUUGCUUAAAGAUAAUUAUCGAACAACGUGCGGAGUUUCGACCGGGAGCAGGUAUUCCAGAGUUGUAUGAUGCAUCCCUGUCGGUUGAAUCCGGUCUUCCCUUCUUCAGAAAAGUUAUAUGGAAAUGGCGGAAAACUUUGUUCGUCUGGAUCAGCAUGAGUUUGUUUAUCACAGAAUUGCUUUUCACGUUGGUUUGUUGCAGACCUCUGAUCAUACCAAGAACACGACCUAGAAACAGACCACCUUCAAACCCAACGACUGGAAGUAGAUGAUGAAUCCAAUACUGUACAGCAUGUUUGUUACACUCUGAAACGGUAUUUUCAGUUUCUGUUAACUUUUACUUCCGAGUUCUUUGAUUUAAUUGUAAAUUCAUGCUUACUAAUGAAAGUUAUAUCUUUAUACACAUGUGGUUUGGAAUAUAAAAGCAUGUCGUUUAAA